AUGACUGAAGUCGUAUCCCCUUAUCCCUAUUGUACAGAAAAUUCAACUAACCUAACAAGACCAGGUUCGCAAUCCUUCUAUUGCAUGAAUGGAAGUUCCGACGAAACUGUGAUAGACAAGCAUCAAGCGAAACGUUUAUAUCGUCUUCAACGAGCGCCGAGUUUUGAUGAACAUAUUCACUUAGAAAAAGAUGAACAACAAGAUUAUCAAUCAAUUUUACGAAGACAAAUUGGUUCGAGUUGUCUUGAACCACCUGUAUAUAUCUUAAAACAGAAUCCAGAUACAUCGAAUUCAUCAAUGAGAAGUUUUUCGCUUGGAAAAUCUCGUCUAGAUCCACCGAGAAUUAAUCCGAAGGAAGUGACAACCGUCCGAGGUCAUCCGUCUACAGAGUUCGGACAUGACCAUGUCUCUAUAAAUGGAAAUGUGCGUGAUGUGCCAAGAUGGAAUAAUCGAUUAGUUGCCGACGUGACUUUACGUGGUCGUCUGGGACCGGGUGGAACAUUGAAUCCGGAGGAAGAUUGUAAACAAGCCCAUCAGCAUCUAAUGAGCAGAACUCGAUCAUUAGAACGUAUGUCAUUGAAUGAUAGUAUAUCUCGCUCUCACCAACGUCCAGUUACUGAUGGACGUAAUCGUGAUGAGCUUGCCAGAAGUUUUAUGUACACAUCCGCUCAACAGUCGGCCUGGAAUGAAGUAAAUUGGGAUUCAAAGUUAGCUCCAAAAUUGCCAUUACCAAUAACUACGUAUGAAGAUAUGGGAAGUGAUCCUGUGUUGAAAAAGAAAACCUUAGCAUCAUUGAACGAUUCAAGAACGCACGAUCUUCUUGAGUGGGAUCGAUUUCAGCCCAGAAAAACCACAUUUUAUCGUAAACCAAUCGCCAAUGUUGCUCCGUUACCUAGAGCAAACCAAAUAUCAGGUUAUUCGGGUACGAUUGGUGGCCAGAAUAUUCACGAUAUAGACGAUCCUACUGCAAAUUUUACACCAUUUACAGUAUUGAGAACUGAACAACCGAAAUUUGCGAUGAAUCCAUUUCAAUUGAAUAUUCCAUUUUACACUGGUCGCUAUCACUGGACAAAGACAACACCGGUUACCCAUUAUGAUCAAUUUGGUCGACCAUACACGACCACCGCCGCAUUUCAUAAACCAUUACCAGUCGAUUAUGGUUCGUACCGUUUUGCUGGUCAAGCUGGUGAUUUAUCGUCGUCUGUGACAACUGUCGUUCCACAUAAUCCAUUCAAUCAACUAAAUGUAAACAAAGAUAAUUCCAAUAACUCGCUUGAUACCAGAAUAUCACCCAUUAUAAUUCAACAAACGCAAACUAAUACAUCAAAUAUAAACGAAGCGAAGAAAAUUCAAGAUUCUGAUAAACCAAGUAAAACUCCACCCGGUAAUCUACCAGCUAGUCAAGCUCCAGAAAAUGAAAAUAAAGCAGUUUAA